CGCAGCUUUUACACUCGAGUCCCGCAGAGCCGUGCUCGCUCGCUCUCGCUCUCUCUCUCUCUCUCUUUCUCUCUCUCUCUGUCUCUCUCUCUCUCUCUCUGCCCGCCUGUCCCCUCCCCCCUCGGUCACACGCUCGCUCGCUCGCUGGCUCCCGCGGCCGUCCUCCAGCUCCCGCCACCGUCAACAGUGCAGCGUCCGACCGAAGCUCGAGCUGCUCCACUGCGAAGGCACGCCGCACGGCUCGCACGAGGUAGCGGCCGCAGCGACCAGCCGCGGCAACGGCGGCAACCUACUAACCCGACCUUGGCUCCCGCGCACCAGGUGAGCAUGUGAGGGACCGCUGCUGCAGAGCCGCCGAGAGGCCGACGACCACCGACGGCUCGAUGCCCGUGAAGGCUUGGUCUCGUCACGGCUGGCCCGCCCCGUUGCCCCUGGAUGUUCUAUGUAUGCCGCGCGCGGCUAUGAGGCCAACAGAUCUAGGGGACAGCGCCUCGGACUGCAUCCUCGUGGUGGGCUUCUCCAGGCCCAAGGUGGCGGCGGCCUUCCUCACGGUGGCACUGCUCUCGCUCUUCCUCACCUUCCACAUCCUCUACGACAGCGCGGUUUACAGUCUGCGCGCCGCUGCUAACAAGGUGAUCGUCGCACCCGUUGACGAGGCGUCACCGCGGUCCUCGGCCUCCUCCUCCUCCUCGUCAUCGUCGUCGUCGUCGUCGUCAUCGUCGUCGUCGUCGUCGUCGUCGUCGUCGUCGUCAUCGUCGUCGUCGUCGUCGUCGUCGUCGUCGUCGUCGUCAUCGUCGUCACCGCCACCGCCGCCGGCGCUCUUCGUCACCGGCAAGGCGCACUUCCCACGAACCAGCCGCCAGCUGCCGCAAGCCAUCAUCGUCGGCGUGCGCAAGUGCGGCACCCGAGCGCUCCUGGAGUACCUGUUCCUGCAUCCGCAGAUCCAGAAGGCCGCCGGCGAGGUGCACUUCUUCGACAGGAACGACAAUUACGAGAAGGGCCUCGACUGGUACCGAAGGAAAAUGCCCUACUCCUUCAAAGGACAGAUCACCAUUGAGAAGAGUCCCAGUUACUUUGUCACUCCCGAGGUACCCGAGCGCAUCUACGCGAUGAACUCGAGCGUGCGGCUGCUGCUGAUAGUCCGCGAGCCAGUGACCCGCGCGAUCUCGGACUACGCGCAGCUGAAGAGCCACGCGGCGACGGCGCCGUCGGCGAACGUCAGCAGCAGCGGCGGCGGCGGCGGUGGCGGCCAGCCGGCGGCGCCUGCCCGCGAGCGCCGCUUCGAGGAGCUGGCGCUGAGGGCCGACGGCAGCGUGAACGAGUCCUACCGGCCGAUCGCCAUAUCGACCUACCACCUGCACAUGGCCAGGUGGCUGGCGGUCUUCAGUCGGCGCCAGAUGCUGGUGGUGAACGGCGACCAGCUGAUCGACGACCCCCUGCCCCAGCUCAAGAGGAUCGAGAGCUUCCUGCGCCUCGAGCCCUACAUCGGCAGGCACCACUUCUACUUCAACCAGACCAAGGGCUUCUACUGCAUACGCAGCGACACCGAGGGCAAGUGCCUGCGCGAGACGAAGGGCCGCAGGCACCCGCGGGUCAACCCGCUGGUGGUCGCCAAGCUGCGCAAGUUCUUCGGCGAGCACAACCGCCGCUUCUACGACCUCGUCGGCGAGGAUCUCGGCUGGCCCGAGGAGUGAAGCCCUCACCGCCUCGCGCCGCCCGGAAUCCUUGCCGGCCGCCAGCCGCGAGGGGAGCGCGGCGUCGAUCUCCGGCCCCUUUGUUCCGCGGCGCCUCGGAAAUCAAUGGAAGGCCCCCGCCUGCCGUGCAAUUUCGCGAAACUAAUUACGAGCCGGCCGGCUGCUGGGGCUCUAUUUGUUUGCUUUUCCGUGGGCUUCCCUCGCGGGGACGAGCCAUUAUGACUCGGGCAAAUUAAUUUACCGCGCAAAUCUGAAAUGCGCACGGCCAGCGGGAAUCCAGAACGAUAUCGCAACGCGAACGACUUUGAUCAAACCUUCUCUCUCUCUCUCUCUCUCUCUCUCCUCUCCUCUCUCUCUCUCUCUCUGUGUCUCUCGCCGAGUGCGAGCUUACCUUUUUGCGUCUCAGAGCCGAGGCAUCUUUGAAGCCGGCGCUCUAAAAGGCGAAAGAAAAAAUCGCGCGCUCCACGCGUAAACCGCCAUCUGUGAGAGCGCGAGAGGGAGAGAGCGCCUCAUCGCUCGAUUAACUCGCGCGCGCGUGUGUACAUGCAUGCGCUUUUGAGACUGAAAAUUACCGUCAAAGGGCUGCGACGUUGGCGGCUUUUUUUCCUAGCCUCUCUCUUUCUCUCUUAAUCGGAUAGCUCACCAGCCGGAAAAGAGACGUUGGCCAGGGGAUAAGGGAGACUCCGGACCGCCGUGCGCGCUCUAAAUGUCGACACAACUGUUUAACGAGAGUGUGCGAGGGAGAAGGAUGGAUCAUAUUGGUCCGGGAAAGAGGAAAGUACGUAAACGCGUAGAUGGAAAGUCUAGUUGCAUUGUAAAAGAUUAAAUAUUUUUCUAAUCCACAUUGGAAACGUUGUUAUGGCAUUUAAUCGUUAAGCUAUUAUUAUUGUACAGCGUACGGCAUGCAUCGCACACUGAGCGCGCGUCCGGGCAGCGCGUCGGCCUCGUCGCCGCCACACUUUGACUCGGGAACCAAAGGCAGCCGCGAUCAACGUAGCGCGCUACGAUUUUUCGACGGCGAGCCGCGCGGCGCCGCGGUCGCGAUCGGUCGUCGCACCCGAUCGGCGUCCGGCGCGCACGCUCCACCUGUCAACCUCGAUUGCCGCUCUUCUUGCCGCGCUGCCUCGCGCAGCGGAGUGUGGCGGUGGAUGGGCGAAAGGGACGCCCGGGCGCCCGAGUGACGCGGCAGCAGCAGCUCGUCCCCCGCACGACUGAUAAUGUAAUCCCCGAGCUCGCGCCAUCUGCAAUUACGCGGCUUUGGCAAAUUAAUUUGCGCGCGACGGCGGGCAGAGCGAGACAAUUAGGCCGAGCGCGCGUCUUCCCGGCGCAACUUUCCGACCAAUUUGAAGCCGCCACCGUCGCCGCUGCGCAUUAUGCUGAUAUCCGUGCAGAUUUCACGCGGCAAACUCUUGCGCCGUGUAGCAACUUUUUCGACGCUCAUUGAAUUAACCCUGCACUGACGACGCUACCGGAUAUGCUCUCCUUUUUGUUCUCGGCAGCAGAAUACAUCGACGAGAUCCGGUGCCGCGGCAAACGGCGGUUUCAAACGACGGUUUCACACGACGGUUUCGUCGGAUAUUCGUCGACGGAGCUAUUGGUUUCUCGAUGAAAAUAAGACUCGGAAUCAGAGGAAAGAACUCUAUAACGAUAUUCGCGUCGAGUAAUGAAAUAUUCAGUUCGACCAACUACGACUUAUGGUAUGAAUGUGUGAUCGAAUAUACGUACGUAAUACUUUGAACGUGUCGACGCUCGCCUCUGAAUUGAGCUCGAAGCCGAGUAACCGACCAACUAAACGUUACGUCGAACGUUCUGUUCCAAUAAUUGCGCAUCCCCAAGCCCCUAAACGGUAAAGCUUGCGCAAACGUUCUGGGCGAUUCGUACGAAUGGUGUAGUCGACGCGCUUCUUUCCAAAAGAGGGCUGUCAAAAUAACGAAACUCGGCGUCCGCCAGAAAGCAGCGCGCUCGCCGAGCAUUAUCCAAUUUGCCGGAUAGCCCGGCGUAAACGACGCCGCGUUGACCGUCGACGUCGUUUUCUGUUUUCAUCGGCGCAAGAGUCUCGGCCGCCUGACCUAUGCACAAAUCACCCAUCGCCACUCAAAUAUACGCAAGUACAAAUUUAUAAUUGACUCGUCAGCACAAAAAGAGGAAGAAAGAAAUGGGUUAUCGUACGAAACGCGAGCUUACGAUGUAUAGAAGGACGACAGGUCAGUCGACGCAUUGAAGAACCCGUCUGUGAUUUAAUAAAAACACACAAAGUUAUAAAUAAUACACAAAAGUAACAAGACUGUUGAUAAGCUUAUCGUUAUCAUACGCUUAACAUAGUCGCGGUUCAUUUCGCUCGGAGGACAUAACGAGACAAAAGCGACGAUCUGCUGCCCCGAAGUCAGUCCGGAAAACAAGGCGCGCGUGCUCGUGGAAUGGGGGCUCGAAGUUAAAGUUCCUAGCGCAACGGAGUGUGAGGGAAUACUUUUUCUUUUUUCGUGACAUUAAUAAAAACAUCCACGUGGGGAAGAGAUGGAUAUCGCGACAGGUGUCAGUGCGAUUUCUCGUGGCGCUAAACGACAUUGCUAUCGAUAUUUUUUUUUUUGUUUUUGCUUUUUUUUUUCGCGAUGAUUGAUGAGCCGUUUAUAUACGAAACUAAAUGCUGCUCAGCAGCGAGAUGUCGUUGGCUUUGCGAUGACAAAUGACGCUAGCGUGGGUUCAAUUGUAAAUGACAUUUUUACGCGAGCGUUAUCUCUCUCGUCUGCCGUAGAAUUCAAACCGUGUCGGUAUGUUUCCGACACGACUAAUGAAUAUUAAAUGGAAUUCCUUGGCGCGUAGCUUCGCUGCGAACGUUGAUCGCCGACCGCGGUUUCUCCGCGUCGAAGCUGAAAAAUCAGUUGGUAGCUCGGGAGGAUUGAAAAACGCGAAGAAAGAAGGAAACUGUGCCAAAUAAAAAAAAAAAAAAAAAAACAAAAAACAAAAAAACAAAAAAAACAUAGAGAAAGAAUGUUUGACGAGCGACCGAAAAAAAUCCGAUAUUCGCUUCUCGAGCUCUUUUCAAUAUUUGUCCGAUGGGUAAAAGCCAUUCGCGAAAACAAAAACGAGUUGGUUUUCUUUCCGGUCAAACACGCUCGUGAACAGCGAGCCUAUGACGCGCGCGGCAAUAUUGAAAUCGAGCGGGACAAACAAACCUGAUCUCCGCGUAAACACGUGGACAGCAAGCAGAGAGAAUCGGCGGCAGCGUAAGUUACGACGCUCGCAAAUCCUCGAUCGACGGACGCUGUUCCUUCGUAGUCGACGACGAGAGAGACGACUGCGAGCGUCGAGCCAAAAGAAGUCGCACGCACUCCCGAGGAAAUCGUAAAUUUGAGCGCGCGAGAAGCUUCGAGCAGGCGCCAUUCCCGCGAUCACACGGCGCGCGACACGUGUGCGUGGUUCACGGAAUGCUCGUUUGAAAUCCCGAUGCGCGCGUAUCAUGGGAAAACUGAGCAGUCGAUGUCUCAACGGGACGUUCAAUCGAAUCAACAUAUCACUAGAAGCUAAGAUGAAAGCAAGUACGCCAUAGUACCGUCGACGCGAUGGAUCGGCAAACUUUCCCGGUACGCUAUUUUCGUUUGUUCGGCAUGGAACUUUUGCAGCGAGCGAUGAAUCAAAACGAGAAGUAUAUGUUUUGCGUAGGAGCGACGUUGCGCCUCGCGUCCUCGCGCGGCGCGACGUCGCGCCUCAAAGAUCCUUCUCCGGGAGCAAACUGGAAUCAAACUCGCUCGGAAAAGAGGAAGGGAGAGGAAGAAAAGUCGCGGCGCGCGGCAAAGAAGAAGAAGAAGAAGAAGAAGAAGAAGAAGAAGAAGGGGAAAAAUGGGGUGGGCAGCAGGGCUUCAAAGUUAACUCGUCAACUUUGUUUAUAACGUCGCUCUGAAAGUUCCAUUAGCUCUCGUGGAGCUUCCUCACUCGGAAAGAUCAGCGAAGAGCGAAGAGAAGUCAGCGGUGGCUGAGCCAACCUUGUUAUGUAUGUGCGCUACUGGUGCCGCCGUCUCUACUUUGCCCUUCGAUAAUUUCGUUACGCGCCGAGCAAACUCUCCGGCUUUCGGCAUUAACGAGUCCCCAAUCAACGCGGCUAUCGUCGGGACAAGUUUCCCGCUCCCGAUGUGCCAAUCGUCCGGCGGCCGUUGUCUUUGUUCCGCGUCGUUCCGGAAGAGGAUCCGCCGGAACGCCGAGCGUUCGCGAAACUCCGGAAGGGCUCUCGUCGCUUGCUCUCCCUCGCCCGCUCGAGUGUUUUAUUUCGCGAGAUGGCGCAAACUUUCUUAUUGCGUUCCUUCGGCGCGCUGCUUUCUUUCCGGGCUCACGCGAGUUUUCGUAUACGCUUAGGUUCGGCCUAGUGCAACUUGUCAAACGCUCGCAAAAAUGUUUCAUGGCCAAGAGACGGCCCACCUUGCGCUAGUUAAUUUUUUCCUUUCGCAUGUCAUAUUCUACUUGAAUAUUCUAUGGCGCCUAUUGGCUCAUUCAAAAAUAUAGUUCAACUUUGAACAACACGUUUAUUAUCGACUAUGUAAUUGUCACUUCUGAACCAAAUUUUUAUUGAUUGUUACAAAUACCUAUCCAUCAAUGCUCACGCAUUCGUUAGAAAUCAAAAAGUUAUGUGGAUAUAUAUAUAUGUAUAUGUAUAGAUCUAUUAGUAAAUCUUCGUCGAGAAUACGAAACUACUUGUUAUUAUAAUUUUAACGAUUAAUUUAUACGUGACUAUCAUCAAAUUACAUAUCGCGCGCUCGAUUCCAAGAAAGUCGAGGGCACGUAGACUAAGGAUGAAACAUUGGUGAUAUCAACGAAACGGAACAUAUCAGAGAUUCGCCUAAUCGCGCGCGGGCCGAUAAUAGGAUACUUAGUCCAAGUGCGAAUUAAGGUAAUGCGAGUCCCUACGAAAAGAAGCGACAAACCGUCAUUAGACAGACGGUCUGUUAAGGACUGUAUCGCAGUCGAAUGGGAAUCAGGCAAUAAUGUGAUCAACGCUGGCCGGUCGACCGGCAGUCGGUAAUUAAAAAGACAUUAGCUUUGGAAACGGAGACGCAAAAUGAUCAAACUCGUGGGCAUAAAUUUUCCCGAUUUCAAUAUGUAGCUGUUUGCCCCGGCCGCGCGCAUUAAUGCAACGGUAGGACCACAUCAAAGGAUAUCCAUAUCGUUAUAACUGCGCGUGUCGACAGUUCAAAGUGGCAGAAUCUCGCUACGCAUAUCGCUAUAGUUUGCAAUAUUGCGGUAACGGCCUGCGCAACUUUUUUCGUAACGAUCAUUUGUUGUUGUAAUAUUUAAUACACAUACAUAUCAAUUGAUGUACAAAGUCGGGGAUGUGGGCUUGGGACGAUAAAAAAAUGGUUAUAUAAAUAUAUACAUUGUGCGUAUACAUGAUUCUUUGAAGGCAUACUUGCGAAAACAAUAUUUAUAUUCUACGAUCUUGCAUGUAUAGAUAUAACAAAAAAGAUUUUAUUAAAUAUUAUAUACACACACACACACACACACACACACACACACACGUGUAAUGUGUAAAUAGUAAGAAAUUUUAAAUGCAAAAACUUUACACUUAAGCCCAUAUGUGCGUACGGAUCGAGCGGAUGCGUACAUAAACAAAGAAAGCUGAAAGAAAAACGAAAGUCUCGAGGCAGUAUUUAAAUUAGGAACGGACAUACAAAUAAACACGAAAACUAAAAAAAUCUCUAGGAAAUAAAUUAAAAGCGAUAGCAUGUUUCAAUGUCGUUUUCCUUCAUUUUUUGUCGGUGUAUUUUACAAUAAACGAGGCACACGGAAGAGGGACGAAAGCUUUAGACGAAGCUACUUGUUUAUUACUCAUAAGCGCGUUUGUUACUUGUUUGUAUAUAACGAUGGCGUGUCGAUAAAGAAAAAUGAAAAUGAGAAAAAAAAACAAAGAAAAAACAGUAGACAGCUCAGUUUUCUUCUUUGAAAACCAAAGACAAAAAAAAACAGUCAGUCCCGUGUUUCAGAUCAAACGAAAUUCGAACGCGUAGAUUAUACUUUCGCCAAAAAUAGAAGGAAGGUUUGCAUAUGCGUUCGUCUCCUCACUUGUUACCGCUCCAAAAAAUUCCAAGAGUUUUAAUCUCGUUAUUUUCUUAUUUUUAUAUAGAAAAGAAAAAUCUAAUCGUGCUCGUGUAAAUAGAAAGAUAUGUGUUUUCUCAUCCGAUCAAGCUGAAGAAAAAAGUCAUAUUCUUCGCGAAACGGAAAAAGGUAGAAGAGGAUCCAAAAACAAACUGUUGGCGGCCGGGAUGGCUAAAAAAGAGCUCUCGCGUUCAGUCAAUUCUCGACCGUUGUUAGUCUACGAGGACAUUUGCUUUCUCUUUUUUUUUUCGUCUUCGAGGGACGGAUGCGCUCUAAAGUAUCUCGCGCGUGAAAUUGUUUAACUGCAUAUAUACGACGUGUCCAUUCAUCUACAUAUAGAAUUAUGCAUAUAUUCCGCAAUCUUCUCAGUAGAGUCUCUCUCGAUCUAUAUACGCAUAGGGAUGUAAUCCGAUUUUUCGUGGGAAUCUGCGAAAUAGGCUUUCCACGCGGAAAAAGCCAAAAGAAAUUUCCCUUUUCGACAGCGCGCGCGCGCGCGCACACACACGUAGCACGCAUCGAUCUUACAACUCUCGCUCGCGCGCGCCUACCUAUUGAUCAAACAUCCCGUGGGAGAGAGAGAGAGAGAGAGAGAGAGAGAGAGAGAGAGAGAGAGAGCUUUUGAAAGCUCACUCCUCGCAAGCGCCCUCCCCCAUCGCGACCAAACGCGCGGUUGUAAAUUUUUCAUGCUCUGAUUUUUGCCUAUUUUCGUUAGCGCUUGGCGCCGGAUACAAUCUUUUAUCGUAUCCGCGGAGGAUUCGUCUUUGGGAGCGCGCUACCGUACGUUACUCGCCAUUAUUUCAUCGCGCCGGAAUUUGCCAACUGGACGCUGCCGCGCUGCUGUUUUUGCUAGCGUUUGGCCGCGACUAAUUGUCGCAGUGGGUGGAGCGCGAAAUUCAACCUCCGUCCGAGAGAGAGAUGCGCGCGUUCGAUCCCCAAAUUAAUCAUCGUGACGCGAUAUUAUCCUGAUUCUCAUUCGACUAUCGAAAUAUCUAACUUUCCACUUUCCUAGACGGCAAAUCGAAGACUCAAUUGCAAGAACGCUCGCCGACAGUACGUCGCGCAUACGCCAAAUUGGCAUUGUUAUAAAAACCGUAUCGCUGCGCGAGCGCUUGUGUCCCACUCGAUUCUCAGUAGCGAUUAAUACUUUAAUGUCUCGUACACCAAUGAUACGAAUCAAAUGGUUAACUCUCUCUCUUUCUCUCUCGUCAUUAUCGCUAGUCACACACGCAGACACGCCACUCGCGUAUAUCCAAAUGUCGCUAGAGCGCGUGCGUCGUAUCAGCUCGAGGCUAGUCAAGCGAAACGGCGGAAGAGCGAGACCGAACGUGGGAAAAGAAAAGCCGAUCGAACGAGCAGUAGAGAUAAGCCGACAACGAUGAAUCAGCGGGACACACGCACGCCAAUCGAGGCGAGAGAGACGUUGGCGCCAUUAAAGUGACGGAUCCGUGCCGCUGGCUAGGACAACUUUGGCGGGCCGAGAUUGCGCCCCCUCCGAAUAUGGAAAGCAACGCUCAGCCUUGCUAAUGGGUCGAAACGUUGGAUUAAAGACCGUUAUGGACUCCCUCGACCCCUCGGACAUCUCAAUUAUUCGACUGCAGUUGGACUAUGCCAAGUUGUGCACCGCGCUCGCGCCAGACUGGCUGAAUUAUUGAGGAGGCCGGGUGGCGAACUGCGCUCGUGUAAUUCGAAUAAUGCAAUGUAUAAAACGCACGGACUGUAAUUGGCUAAUGGGGCGAAUGCGCACGCCGCAAGUUAGCUCGUAUCGCACGAUUUAGGGCUAAUUUGCGUUACUUCCCUGCGACGCGCGUAACGCUAAACGAGUAUUUCAUCCGACCACUCUCUCUCUCUCUCUCUCUCUCUCUUUUGUAAUUCUUUCUGUCCGACAACUGACACUCGUUACCACUGCUCGUGCAGUUUAAAAAUUUCGCCUCGUAUGUCCGGCUGCUAAGAAGUUACAUUUUUAUUGGUUUCUCUCCCUCUCUUUCUUUCAAUCUCGUUUAAUAGAUAUAAUGCACUUUGAACAAAUAAUUACUUUUUAUUUAUUUCUUGUAUAACCACCGUCUGAUUCAUUUACGCGUGAGCUCUCUCUCUCUCACACACACACACACACGUACACACCUGCCUCGAUGAUAAUCACUUUGAUGUUCAACAAGUAGUUGCAGCGAAAGUUCAACUUUUCCGCGAAAAAGAAUAGAGAUUCCCGAAAAAAAAGAAAAAGAACAGAAAAGAAAACUAAAGGAACUUCGAGAAACGGUGUAAUCGAUCAAAACUCGAAAUAAGAAAAAGAGGGAUGAAAGUGGGUCACAAGCCCUCGAAAAAACAUAGAAAGCAUCGAGGGAGUACCGGCAAUUCGCCAACUCGGCCUCGUUCUUACCAACUAGACUCACCCCUGCGCGCGUAUCAGAUAGCUUUACACGCGCGAGCGCGCAACUUACACUCCUAUUCUAUUCGUUCCCAGAAACAAAUAACCCUUACGCGUGGCUGGUUUGAUUGGUCGACAAGGGAGGAAGCGGGGGAGGGGGAGGGGGGCGUUAAAGCUUGAAAAAUCGACAAAGUCGGUGGCAACUUGGCUCGAGACAGGGAGUGGGAGGGUUCAUCUCGGUCGCGCGUGAAAUUCGAAGGUUCGAAGAAGGUCAGCCGACGCGGGCGAGACUUGUAAAAGGGUCGUAAAGCAAUAUUAGCAGAGGGCGAGGGGCUUUCGGAAACUGGAACACGUUGUUUAGCCGCGCGCUAUAUACCUUAAUUAUCAAUUAAGUCACGCGAUGUUUUGUACGGGGGUAACUUUUGAUUUUUAUAUACAGGCGGCGUUUAACGCAGCGCAACGCGCCGCCGACUGCGAGCGGGGGCUGAAGCGCGCGAUUAGUCGGCGAAACGCCAGGAGGACGAAAAAUGUUGUUUGGCGGCUGGCGAGCACAAAGCACGCGGACAAACAAGCUUGUUAAAGAGGUUUGGCGCAACAGGUAAUAACGCGCGCGUCUUUACGACAACGCGGGGCAGGCGUUUAAAGUAGAUUCCUGAAUUUCUUAAAAGAAAAAACUAUGAAUGUGAAUUUUUUUACGAUUACUAUGUGGAAUUUUAUCGUGAAUUUGGGUGCGCGACGCGAGAGAAGCAAUGACAAGCAAUACAGCGAAGAGAAAUGAAAAGUAAAAGUAAAAGCGGACAACGAUUACCGAAGCACAAUAUUGAUCUCGCGCGCGUCACUUUUUAAUGAGUGUAGCCAUACUUAAUUCUGCGACAGAACGAGAGCCUCCGCUGCGCAAAAGAUUGGCUCCGCGGCGCGAUAAUUGGACGUCCGCCGCGAGCGCCAAGGCAAAUCCAAUCGAAGACUGCUCUCUCGCUCUUUCGCUUCCUCGCUUCGCGUUGACCCUCUCUGCGUCCGAUCGACCGUCGGCUUUGUUCACCUGUUUUUGCCGUCGUCCGCGCCUUUACGCUCAAAGAUAAAUGAUGGCGAGAGAGCAGCGUUCGCCGGGACGGAAGUGAAAACAGAGCGCCGUGCGACGGCACGGCGAUCGAGCGACAGUAAGAAGGGAAUCUGUUUUUGUACGUUUAUAUGCAGUUAAAUAGUGUACUAUCGGUGUCGCGUACGAAGUAGCGUUCGCGGGCGAAGCGAGUCGCGAUGAGAUCGCUCGGCGCGUCGCAAAUCGCGCCUCGCUCGCCCGACACUAAUCUUUCCAGACUUUCGUAUGUUUAUCGACGUCGUUCUCAGCGGAGUUGACAGCAAGAGGCGGCUACUCGUACGCGCGUGAAGCGUCUGCGCACGAGAGCCUUUCUUCUGCGCUUCGAUCGUUCGAUUUUCCUUCUCAAUGACGAUGUGUAUGUUUAGCCAAAUUAUAAUUGUGUAUAAAAGAAAACGACGAGCGCGUGACUGUCGCACGGAGUUGCGCCGAUUGAAUGUGUGUACAGGUUGAUAUAGCCGCGUUGCACGCGGUCGUGCGGCACACUCUCUGUACGAUAAUCACUCGACCACAAGUCAAAAAAAGAGCAAAUAAAUAAAGAUUGCGUU